AAGAAGGGGUUACCGCAACAACACUCAGCAAAACUUGAAACCAUACAAAGCUUUCUCUGCUUUCAGAGUCUUUACUAAUUCUCCCCAUCCUUAUUUGCUCAUCUUAUAUUGAACUAAACGACCAUGGCUAUCCGUAUGCCUCGUAUAAUCAAGAAGUCUUCUACAACCGGAGAUGUUCCUAAAGGCCACUUUGCUGUUUAUGUUGGGGAAAAGCAGAAGAAGAGAUUUGUAAUCCCCAUUUCAUUCUUGAGCCAACCUUUAUUUCAAGACUUGCUUAGUCAAGCUGAGGAAGAAUUUGGCUUCAAUCAUCCAAUGGGUGGUGUAACAAUACCCUGCAGUGAAGAUGUGUUCGUUGAUCUUACUUCUCGCUUGAAUAGGAUCUGAGGCUUUUAUUUUCACAGUUUUGUAAAGAGCUAACCUUUCUAGUUAGUACCAUAUUACUGAUAAUUAGAUAGAGGGGAUCAUGUACAGUCAGCUGCAACAGAAGAUCCCAAUUUUGAAUGUAAUUUUCAGUAGCUGAUGUCUAAAAGAUAUACA